AUGAGGGGGAAUGAAAUAGUCGGUCGAGCUCUCUAUGAUCAAUCCAUGCACCUGUGGGAUAGGUCAACAGGGAAUGUGGUAGAUUUCACCAGUAGAUUUACUUUUGCUAUCGAUUCUAAGAGCCGCACGGAAUUUGCUGAUGGAUUGGCUUUUUCUCGCCCCCAUGGAUCACAGAUUCCUGAAGGCUCAAAAGGAGGUUCUCUAGGCCUCACGAACUCUACCAACUCCGGUCUUGCAUUUGUUGCAGUAGAGUUCGAUACUUUCACAAAUAAUGGACUGGAUCCAGGCUGUUAUCAUGUUGGUAUCGAUGUAGAUAGCUUGGUUUCUGUCCAUCACGCUUGUGUCCCGUGGGUAAAGUACAGCAUACUCAACGGUGAACAACUUCAUGCUCAGGAUUUGGCUGGUACCGUUAUUGGCCAAGGAGAAAUAGAAAUGGUCCAAAUGGAGAAGAAGAUGAUUUUCAAUCAAUUGAUGAAGGAUUUGAACAGUCGACAGGACCCAAGAAAUACUCCUAUGGCGUGUUGA